CGAACUAAAAUACACAGACACGAAGCACGAAGGGAGUAAAAGCACCCAAAGUCACUUAGCCAAAUUAAAAGAACGCUUCCUUUGGAAAACACAGUGUUCGGUGCUUUUCGAUGCCGGCGCGAUAGACGCUUUCGCCCUUUUUAAAUAAUAUAAUCAUCGUAAUGAUAAUUUUUUUUUACAACUCGGGCCGCCAAAAAAUUUUCGUUCUGUGCUGACGAUUUGUGUGCGUGUUUCGGCGACUGCGGAAGUUCCGCUGAUGGGGCGACCCUAACCGCGUCCUCCCCCCUCCGGCUACCACCGGGUACCCUGUUAAUUAAUUCGUCGACCUCGGCCUCGGCCUCCAUCGUCUCGUUCGCUCCAAAGGUGCUCGAAUAUGAUUUUUAUUUACCGCCGCAGAAAAAAAUUCUUCUAAUCGUUAUCGAUCUACGCCGCCUUUACUUCGAUUGCAGCAAAAUGCCUACUGACAUUUUCAACUCGUCGUCGUGAAUUUCGCAAAAAAAAUUUCCCUCCUUGACCCACGCAUUAAAUUUUCCUUCUCGACACGUUUCUUUUUAUUACUCAUUUUCUUUUUUUAUAUCCAUUUUUUUUUUCGUUCGUUAGUCAAAUACCUACUUUGAAGAAAAAAAACAAAGAAAACCAAACAAAGAUGUCCGCUUUGUUACAACAACAACAACAGCACCAACAGCAACAAAACUGCUCUCCAUCCUCCGCUCUGCUUGCUCAUCUAAGACAUCAUUUGCAUACGGAAAUUACCGCCAAUAACAAUACCGCAGCAGGAGUACCACCUCAUCAGCAUUCCCCCCAUCCGAAUGAUGUGCUUUUGACGUUAUUAGCAAGAAAUAAAAAUCUAGAAGCCAGUAUCCCGAAGUGCGGAGGCUGUCAAGAAUUCAUCCUAGACCGGUUCAUAUUAAAAGUACAAGAAAGAACGUGGCACGCCAGCUGUCUGAAGUGCCACGAGUGUGGCCUACAACUUUCAGACAAGUGUUUCGCCAAAAACGGAAUGUUAUUUUGCAAAGAUGACUUCUUCAAGAGGUUUGGCACGAAGUGCGCUGGCUGUGACUUGGGUAUACCUCCGACUCAGGUGGUUCGAAGAGCUCAAGAUUUCGUUUACCACUUGCAAUGUUUCGCGUGUAUUAUUUGUGGCAGACAGCUGAAUACUGGCGAUGAAUUUUACCUUAUGGAAGAUCGUAAAUUAGUAUGUAAACCAGAUUACGAAGCGGUUAAAGCUAAAGAAGGAAAUUGUUUAGACGCUGAUCAACCAAAUAAAAGGCCUAGAACUACCAUAACAGCGAAACAACUGGAAACUUUAAAAAUGGCUUAUAAUAAUAGUCCUAAACCUGCCAGACAUGUCAGAGAACAGCUUAGUCAAGAUACAGGCCUAGAUAUGCGAGUAGUACAAGUCUGGUUUCAAAAUAGACGAGCCAAAGAAAAAAGACUGAAAAAAGACGCCGGCAGGACACGAUGGAGUCAGUAUUUCCGCUCAAUGAAAGCCGGUGGAGUUUCUCCUUCGGUUCAUCAUCACGAUAAAGACGAUCUCAAAGUCGAUUUAGAUUCUAAUUUCAGCCAUUCGCACGACUUAGAAAGUAACGAUAGUUACGGCACAUUGACAUUAGACGAAAGUACACCGCCGCACGGAGGUAGAUUUAUGCACGGUGGUUCGGGAUCAUCGCCUACUUAUUUAUCUUCACCGACGCAUCCGAUCCCGUACGGAAGUACGAGCGAUUCCUAUUCUAGUCUAGGUGUUGGGCACACGGCACCAUCGGAUAUAAGCGACGGUAGCAGUACUCACGGAUACCCGGAUUUUCCACCUAGUCCUGACUCCUGGCUGGGAGACACGCCGACCUCACAUCGUUACUAAUAUGUUGCUAGUCAAUCAUUUUCGCCCUCCCUUCUAUAUUCCACGGUUGAUGAUACUAAUUAUAAACUUUUCAUUGUUAUUGUAUCUGUUUUCUUUUUUUUUUCUUUUCUAUAAUUUUAAAUCAUUACGUUAUUAUUGUGUCGAUUCAUUUGUGACGAACUUUUCGAAUAAUGUGUACGAUAUUGUACUAUGUAUUUUUUUUUCUAUAGUGGAAAAAAAAUUAUAGAGAAUAAUGUAAUUUAAGUUUACCUUAAAAAAGGACGUGGGAAUAAAAAUUUAUUUCCAUUUGUUCGUA